AUGGAUAACCAAAGAGUAAUCUACUCUGAAAUGAAUCUGGCCCCAAACCCAAAGAGGCAGCAAAGGAAACCUAAGGGCACUAAAAGCUCCAUUUCAGAAACUGAACAGGAAAUAACCUAUGCUGAAUUAAACCUUCAAAAUGCUGCUCAGGAUCUUCGAGGUGAUGACAAAUCUUACCGCUGCAAAGGUUUACUGUUUCCUCCAGAGAAGCUCAUUGCUGGGAUCCUGGGAAUCCUCUGUCUUGUCUUAAUGUCCACUGUGGUAACAAGACUUCCCAACUCCCAAUAUCACUGUGGUCGUUGUCCAGAGGAGUGGUUCACAUACUCCACCAGUUGUUAUUACAUUAGUAAGGAAUUCAAAACUUGGGAUGAGAGUGUGACGGCCUGUGCUUCUAACAACUCUAAUCUGCUUUACAUAGAUAAAAUAGAGGAAACAAUAUAUGGUAAAUAUCACUGUGCUGAGCUACACUCACUCAGUCUUCACACAAGUGGAUGUGGAUCUAAUAAAACAUAUAUUUGUAAGCACGAGCUUUAG